AUGAACAUUUUUCAUAUAUAUUUUAUUUUGGAAAUCUUCAGAUGUAAAGCGGUGCAAAGCGUUCAAGCGGAAUGCGAUUUGAAUCCGUGCGAAGUAUUGGAGAUGUUUACAUCGGGGCGCCGCAAGGGGGAACAAAGGAAUCCCGGAGUGUGCACCGACGACGUACAUUGGAGGCAGUUGGACCGGCGAUUGCGAGCGAUUGAACAACCGACAUGGACGGUGAGCUUGGGCCAGUCGCGUUGGCGUCAGUGCGCUAAGACUGUAUGCCGCUGCGAUGCAGUACAUCGUUCUUUGAACUGCUGGCGGGCUGGUCUCAUGACGCUGACACCUGACAUUAUUGUACCAGCUGACCUUCAGUCCAUCGAUUUGGGCAGUAACAAAUUACGAAGUCUACAUAAGACUACCUUCAAAGAUAUGAAAUCUCUUAGUGAAUUGGAUAUGUUUGACAAUCAUUUAGAAUACUUACCGGCUGGAAUACUGGAUUCACUGGUCAACUUAAGAAUAUUGCGCUUGCAGAGGAAUUACCUAGAAGAAAUUGACAGCGAAUCCUUUCGAUGGUCAAAAAAGCUUUUCCAUGUUGAUUUAUCAAAUAAUUUAUUGCGUACCUUGCCCGAACGCUUAUUUGCUAACAAUUCAUUUUUAGAGACCAUAGACAUUUCCAACAACCAAAUAGUAUACAUACCCUCCGAUACCUUCAUAGGUCUGGACUCAGUACUUGUCCUAGAUCUGUCAAAGAAUAAAAUACAGCGCAUUGAAAACGGCACAUUCCCUUUAAAAAAACUGCAGGUACUUAAAUUAUCAGAAAAUAAAAUAAGCAACAUCACAGAUAACGCCUUCAGGAGUCUCUUUUCUUUAGAGACUCUGCUUUUAUUCAAAAAUAAGUUGAAGAAAGUUCCACCGAAAUUAUUUCAUAAUCUAAAAUGCUUAAAAUUCUUGGAUUUGUCAAACAACAAUAUUUUUAGUUUCACAGGGCUAGAGUUUCAACAUCUACACUUGCUCCGUCAUCUGGAUUUGAAGGAAAACUUCUUGAUGCAGAUACCUAAUAACACCUUUACUAAUUGUACCAAUUUAGAAACACUUGACAUUUCAAAAAACAAAUUACGAUUUCUCAAUGCGACCACAUUUCACGGUUUGGAGAAGCUGAUUUCACUUGUUCUCUCAGAAAACCAACUUUAUGAAGUGCACUUUAUGACAUUUUCAACUUUGAAGAACCUAACGACUUUAUAUGUUGACAACAAUAUGUUCCCUUCUUUACCGUCGCGUACAUUGGAUUAUAUGCCAAAACUGGAAAAGGUUAAACUUUCAAACAACCCCUGGCAUUGUGACUGCCAUGCCUUGUACAUUUCAGCUUGGGUUCGUUUGAACGAAAUGAAGAUAUGGGACUACUCCCCAACCUGCAUAUCACCGUGGUAUCUGGAAGGUCACUUCUUGAAGAAGCUUAAGUUCCCUGAACUAUGUUCUGGACAAUGGGCUAGCAUGGUCAAUCUGUCUCCGCGUCUGCCAAUGCAACAACUUUUGGCGCUAAACGUCACCGUGAAUCGUAAACCACAAGGUAGCAUACAAGACGAUGAAGACAUCACUUCAGAAGAGCAAUGGCAA